GUACUCCACAUAACUUCAUCUGUUUCUGAAGUUCCUGUUCAGUCCAGAAUGAAGAUGUUGAAGCUGGGAAGAUCAGCCGCUCUGCUGCUCAGGCCUGCAGCUAAUCAGCCCCUGGUGCGUUUCUCCUCUGGUCCCCAGCAGAAACACGGAACCUUCUAUGAGUUCCGGACCUACAACAUCUGUCCAGACCAGAAUGCAGCCUUCCUCAAACUGACCAAUGAGAAGAUACACCUGCGCACUGCCCACUCAGAGCUGAUUGGCUACUGGAGCGUGGAGUAUGGAGGCCUGAACCAGGUGUUCCACAUCUGGAAGUACGACAGUUAUCGUCAGCGGGCAGGUGUUCGGGCAGCCCUGUCUCAGGACCCCUCCUGGAUAUCGGAUUACAUUUCAAAGGCCAUCCCCAUGCUGACAUCACAGGACAAUGAGGUCACCUACCUGCUGCCCUGGACACAACUGCAGAGACCGCCGAGGGACGGGGGGGUGUAUGAGCUAGUUUCCUUCCAGAUGUGUCCUGGGGGUCCGGCCGUGUGGGGCAAUGCUUUUCAGGCAGCCAUUACAUCCCAUGAUGCACCAGGGUACGGCAAGCUGAUCGGAGCCUUCCACAAUGAGUUCGGACUGCUCAACAGAGUUCACGCCCUCUGGUGGUUCGACAGUGCCGACCAGCGAGCUGAGAGUCGACACAAAGCUCACACUGACGCCCGAGUGGUGGCUGCAGUCCGCAGCAGCGUCGUCCACCUCCAAUCACAGAUCAGUAAACUCAUGUUUCCGUGUUCCUUCUCUCCGCUGAAGUGACCUCCUGUUUGGACAUGCCUGGUCUCCGUGGCAACACAGAAAAAAAAGGAAAUCCACCUGAGCGUGUUGUAAUUCAGCCUCAGGAGCUCAGUUAAACGCUAGAACUAAUGAGAAUUAUUCAUCCAUUAUACAUCACAAAUAAUGGACUUUUUACUCCACAUUUCUGUGAAUCAGAUUAUUAACCCUGGAGAAGUGGAAAAGUCUUUACUGUGUCUUUGUCUAAAGGCUUUUAACGGCUAAUAUGAAUAAAUAAAUACUAAUUAAUAA